UUCCAAACAUCCGGGGCAUUUUCAGCCCAGCAGUGUGUGGACAGUGGAGAACGGUGGAGAUCCGUGGAAAGAAAGGCGGACUGAUGACAGCUGUCAGUGUGGACAAAAACUACUAAUCUGUGGGGUGAAAUCGAAUGACUUGCUCUUGAAGGGACAACACCUUGACAGGAUCGCGAUUGUGUUAUUAUUUUAAAACUGUCGUAAAGGUUCACACUAAAUUGGUGACAUUCCAGUGGCGGCACUGACAUGGGGACACAAGGCACUGGCAGGAAGCGUGCUCCUUUAAAAGAUCGCUUCUCAGCAGAAGAUGAGGCUUUGAGUAGUAUCGCUCGGGAGGCGGAGGCGAGGCUGGCGGCAAAACGAGCUGCUCGGGCGGAGGCCAGAGAUAUUCGGAUGAGGGAACUAGAACGACAACAGAAAGAGCUUUCUUACCACUCAUCCAGCAGUAGCAACAGAAAAUGGGGUCAGAUCCACCAGUGGAUGGCCGAAACGGAAAAAGCCAGAGCCUCUAGUAGUAGUAGAUCCAGCAGCCGUCGUCACCGGGGGCUGGAUGAUGAUGUCAUGUCAGUCCGCAGCUACAGGUCAACAUCAUCAGCCGUACGGGACGUCGGGUCCAUCAAGGAUCGGUCCAGUUCUCGUAAAAAGGACACUUUGGUGCGUUGUUCCGAUGGCCUCUCUAGCUCCAUCCUCAAGAGCGCCCGCUCUACUAGUUCUGUGUACAGCGACCUGCAAAGCCAUAGAAAGACGUCAUCAAAGAAGGGCCUCCUGACUGGACUGUACCAUGAUCAGAGGAACUACAGCAGCCUAAUGAAGACCACCAAACCAUCUCCCCUGCCUUCCACCUCCACCUCCAUCUAUCAGCCACGGGCCACCACCUCCCCCUCUCCCUCCUCCACCUCCACUGGCAUGGGGCUGCCUCGCAGCUACAGCAUGGCCUCUAUUUAUGAUAACGCCGGUCUUUAUGGCUCAAGCUACAAUUCCAAAGCUCCCUCUGAAUACAGCUGGUACUCCUCUGGAGCCAGCUCCACUCAGAGCAGCCCUGCGCACUCGUCCUCAGACGACGACACUGUGAGCAGUGUGUCCCAGGAACACUACGGCAGAGGCCGGAGGGACAGUGUGCUGUCGGACUUUUCGGACAUUAGUGAGUCUGCGGCUGAUUAUUUCAGCCGCUCCAACCGAAGGGGCAGUAUUGUGUCAGACCUCGAUGACUUAAGCAAUCCUGAUCUGGACGCCCUGGAUGAGAAAUGUGACAAGCAGUAUCCAGAUUAUACUCGGCCGUCCUCCCGCUGCACCACCCCAGGUCUCUCAGCGGCCACCCUGGCUUCCCUGGGCGGCUCUUCAUCGCGGCGGGGGAGCACAGACACCGGCAGCAUCUAUGACGCCGACGCCAGUCUGAGUGAACUUAAGGAUAUCUAUGAACUAAAGGACCAGAUUCAGGAUGUAGAGGGGCGGUACAUGCAAGGGCUUAAAGAGCUGAAGGAGUCGCUCGCCGAGGUUGAGGAGAAGUAUAAGAAAGCCAUGGUAUCGAACGCACAGCUGGACAACGACAAAGCCAACCUCAUUUAUCAGGUGGACACUCUGAAGGACGUCAUCGAGGAGAUGGAGGAGCAAACGGCAGAGAUGAGGAGGGAGCUGGAAGAAAAGUCAAAGGAACUAGAAAGACAAAAACACACGUGCUCAGUGCUGCAGCAUAAACAAGAAGAACUUAAAGAGGGACUCCGACAGAGAGAUGAGCUUAUAGAGGAGAGCCAGCAAACGCAGGCUAAAUUAGAUGCUCUCACCAGAGAGGUGUUUGAUCUCCAGGAAACGAUAAACUGGAAGGACAAAAAGAUUGGGGCCCUAGAGAGGCAGAAAGAAUACUUUGAUUGCAUUAGGAAUGAGAGGGAUGAGCUCAGGGAUGAGCUCGCUGACAUCAAGGGGAAGUCUAAAGCAGGAGAGAAACACGGGUUAGUCAUCAUCCCAGACGGCACUCCUAACGGAGACGUCAGCCAUGAGCCGCUUUCCCCAGGGAUCACUCUGGUCUCCCAGGAGGCCGCCCAGGUGCUAGAGUCUGCAGGAGAGGGUCCUCUAGAUGUCCGACUAAGGAAGUUGGCGGAGGAGAAGGACGAACUCCUGGCUCAGAUCAGGAAGCUGAAAAACCAGCUGGAGGAGGAGAAACAGAAACACUCGAAGGUGGACGGUGCUUACACAGAUGGGGAGGGGAUGGAAAAUGGUACAGAUCUACACUUUAUUGAGAUGCAGAGAGACAUCAACAGACAAAUGAGCGAAUACAAGUUUAAGCUUUCAAAAGCAGAACAGGAAAUCGGCACAAUGGAACAAAAUAUUAACAGACUUGAAGGCCAAGUGUCCAGGUACAAGGCAGCAGCUGAUAAUGCAGAGAAAAUAGAAGACGAACUUAAAGCAGACAAGCGGAAGCUUCAGAGAGAGCUGCGCACAGCUCUGGAUAAGCUGGAGGAGAUGGAGAUGACCAAUAGUCACCUUACAAAGCGCCUGGAGAAGAUGAAGGCCAACAGAAAUGCUCUUCUUUCCCAACAGUGAGGCCAGGAAGCGUCGCGUCAUUGCAGAAGCCCCUAAACUCACACCACACACCUCUGACUGCUACGCUGCAUCUGGAGCACUCUCGGUUUUCCGCUGCAACACUUCAAGACGUGUAGAUAACCAAAAAACACUUCACACUUGUAGCAGAGGGAGGACAACGAAAAGUGGAAAUGUUUAUUUUUUUGUCUUUUGAAUAUAAACCUGGGUUUUGUCUGGGGAGCUGCCGGCUUUUGACUCAGAAAGCAAACUAAUUUAAAAUGAUUUUUGGGAGAAACACCUGAGGAUAUUUCUCUAGUCACUACUCAAACCUUUGUACUACAUCAUGUUCUUUAGGGAACUCGGGUUCCCUCUGGCUUGGGGUGCUUGGCUGUAACUUUUUGACAAGUUGCAUGAAUGGGUAUAACGAUGCUUUUAAAUACUAUUAAAUCACUUUUGCUGCUCCGGGUCUGCACCUUCCUAGCUUCCCCUCACACAGUGAAGUGCCUUUUCACUUUAGGAGAAGAGGGGCGGGGGUGGGCUGUACCGCUCGAUGAAACAGUUGUUUUAGCAGGUACGGUACGACGUAUUUAAAAAGGUAAAAGUAAAAAGGUGCAGUCGGUAUAUGGAAAUAUUUAGAAAUAACUGUCUGCUGCAGGUUCUUUGAAAUUUUCAAGUAUUUAAGGAAUUUCUGAAAAAUAAAUGUAUGAUUUACA